AAUUUCAGAUAAUAUGGAGGAGGUGAAUCUUCAUCCUAUAUACAGGCUUCUGAAGGUUGAUUAUGCUGACCUUCUUGAACUAGCUGAGCAGAAGGGUCAAACUAUACUUUUACCAGAUCUAAGAAAACUGGAUAAUUUCAAGCUCACAAGAAGUUUUAUCAAAUCUCAUCUAAUACAGGAAAAUGGCGAAGCUCAACAGAAUGAUGUCUGGGUUCAUAUAGAGAAGGACACAGUUACACUAGUGGAUUGUCCUAACUACUAUCCGUCCUAUAGACAAGGACUGUAUAAAGCCAACAUACAGAGGACAGUCAUAAGGACAAACUCAAGGUUUAUCCAGUUCAAAAUACUGCUAAUAGAUCGGCCUAUACUUCCCUUUAGCAUGGGAAAUAUAACAGGCCGGAAUAAUAUUCUGAACAGAAGAAGGUAUGGAGGAGGGGGAGGAGGAGGGAUGGAUAGACGAAAACGACUUCAGAGACAGACAAGUGUUGAUUACGGUCUUUUGCAUCCUAUACUCAUAGAUCUAGAAUCUGAACUUGAAGAUGAGAAUUCAAUUCUAACCUCUACAACUUGUCUCUCAAGCACUGUGGACCAAACUGUUGGUUCUGAUUGGAUGGAGCAAGGAUCCGGAAGAGCGGUGGGUUCGGAAUCCAGUGGCAGGAUUGGGUUAGGGUCUGGGAGUAGGAUCGAACUAGGAGCUCGGAGCAAGAUUGAUUCAGGAACCGAGAGCAGAGCUGGAUCAGGAUCUAGGAGUAGGGUUGAUUUAGGGUCAGGGAGUAGAAUUGGAUCAGGAAAUGGAAGCAGAAUUGAUUCUGUAACUGGGAGUAGGAUUGGUUCUGGAUCUGGUGAGAGUAGGAUUGGUUCGGGAUCUAGUGGAAGCAAGAUUAUAUUGGGAUGUAGAACCAGGGCUGGAUCAAGAUCCGAUGGGAUCAGGAUUGGAUCGGGAUACGUGAACAGAAUUGACUCAGGAUCUGGGAUCAGGAUCGAUUCAGGAACUGGGAGCAGGACUGAAUCAAGAUCGGACGUGAUCAGGGUUGAAUCUGGAUCUGGGUUCGGAUCAGUAUCAGCCUGGAAGAAAAGUCCUUCUCCUCCACCCCGUCAGAGCUCGGAGGAUUCUGGUAUUGAGCCUGAUUCAGAUGAUUUGUUCUUCCUAAUCCCACAGGAAUCAAAACAAAUUAUUUUUAAGGGGUUUUAUUAGAGUUAGGGAGGGGGAGAUGGGCUGGUUACGAUGGACUACAAAAGAAUCAUAAAAAUUGAACUGCUAGAU